AUAGGUUGCUCAGUUAAACUUGGCAACGUCACCUACUGUCGGCUGUAGAUUGAGUCUAGACCGAAAGGACUUCGUGAUUAACACCGUGGUUGCUGUUAACCCCUGACAUUUCAGAGCAAAUUCAUGCAAUAAAACAUCUGUAACAGAAGAAGAAGAAAAUGACAAAAAAAAAUUCAAAAAAAGUAAAAGAAGACUCGGAUGAAUUAGCAAUAGCAUCACCCACAUUUCCAGAGCCAGAUAAUGAACCAGUAGAAGACAUUUUUGAGGAUGAAAAGUCUGAAAAGAAAAAGAAGAAGAAAAAAAAGAAAAACAAAGAUGACGAAGCUGAACCUGAACCUGAAGCUCCUGAAGCUCCUGAAAGGUCUGAAGAAGCAGAUGAUGACCAAGAUGAUAGAAAAAAUAAAAAGGACAAAUCUAAAAAGAAAAUCGACCCAAAAAAGGAGAAAAAAGGUGGCCCUGGAAAAAAAGCGCUGGCAGCCAUGCAAGAAACUCUCAGAAAAAUUAAAGAAGAGGAAGAACGUAUAAGGCGGGAAGAAGAGGAGGCUGAAAGAAAAGCAGAAGAGGAGGAACGAAUUAGACAAGAACAGGAACGGAAAGAACAGGAACGCCGAGAAUUAAGAAAACAACGUGAAAAGGAGAAAAAGGAGCGAUUGAAGGCUGAAGGAAAAUUUCUGACCCCAAAACAGAGGGCACAACAGGCCCGUUCACAAGCCUCUUUAGAGGUAUUGAGAGCGCAAGGCAUUGAUGUCCCCUUAAUUGGAGAAAAACGACCGAGGGCUGGUACAAGAAUCCGUUCGAACAAACAGCAACAAGCAACCGUUCAAACAGAAGAGCGCGCGACUUCGGAAGAAAAAACGGCUGAUCAAACAGCAACUGAAGAAACGUUAGUGGAGGAAGAAGUAGAAGAAGUCAAAGAAUCGUGGGAUGCAGAAUCGUCUUCGGAGGAAGAAGUCGAGGAGACACCAGUUCCCGAGGCCACCAUUGUUGUGCAAAAUCAGCCAAAGGCAAAGUCGGACAGUGAAGUCUCUGAGAGUAGUUCGGAGGAAGAAGAAUCUGACAGUAGCGAUGGUUCAGAUGACGAAGAAGAUACUAAAAAGACAGAUGCUGUUUCUAGGAGAGAAAGGGCGUUGAAUCGCAUUCAGAAAAGGCGAGAGGCUGCUGAAAAGAACAAAAAUCCUGACAUUUUACGAGCUCCUGUUGUUUGUGUUCUGGGUCAUGUGGAUACAGGGAAAACAAAAAUUCUCGACAAACUCCGGAGAACCCAUGUUCAAGAUGGUGAAGCGGGUGGUAUUACACAGCAAAUUGGCGCUACAAACGUUCCAAUUGAAGCAAUCCGCGAACAAUCCAAAAUGGUUAUCGGUUUCCAAGAAAUGCAGUUAAAAGUUCCAGGUCUUCUUAUCAUCGAUACUCCUGGUCACGAAUCUUUCAGUAAUCUACGUUCUCGUGGUUCCUCCCUAUGUGACAUAGCUAUCCUCGUUGUUGACAUUAUGCACGGCCUUGAACCCCAAACCAUCGAAUCCCUUAAUUUACUGAAAGCCAAGAAGACUCCUUUUGUUGUUGCACUAAACAAAAUUGAUAGGUUGUACGACUGGAUCUCGAAUCCUAGAAAAGACGUUAAAGAUUUAAUCAAAUCGCAAGGAAAGAACACUCAGUUGGAGUUCCAAGAUCGGUGCAAGUUAGUGAUAACCCAGCUAGCUGAACAGUCCAUGAAUGCUGCCGUCUUCUACGAGAAUCCCGAUUCUCGAUCCUACGUCUCCAUGGUUCCAACAAGUGCUGCUACUGGUGACGGUAUGGGUAAUCUCAUGGCGCUCAUUGUUGAUUUGACCCAAACCGCAUUAGCUAAAAGGCUGAUGUAUACGGACGAGCUUCAAGCGACUGUUUUGGAAGUAAAGGCCAUCCCUGGCUACGGAACCACAGUGGACGUCAUUCUUGUUAAUGGCACCUUGCAUGAGAGCGAUACAAUCGUUUUGGCUGGAACGGACGGCCCCAUAGUGACGCAGAUUCGGUCUCUUCUUUUACCGCAACCCAUGAAAGAAUUGCGAGUUAAGAAUACGUAUACUGAGCCAAAAGAAGUUCGAGCGGCCCAAGGUGUCAAAAUCACAGCAAAAGAUUUGGAAAAAGCCAUUGCCGGCUUAAAUCUACUUGUUGCAUACCACCCGGAUGAAGUAGAAAUCUGCAAGGAAGAGGUAGCUCAUGAGCUGAAAUCUGCAUUGGGAAGAAUCAAACUCCAGGAUCGAGGCGUCUAUGUUCAAGCCUCUACUUUAGGUUCACUAGAAGCUCUUUUGGAGUUCUUGAAAACUUCUGAAAUUCCUUAUGCGAAUAUCCGUAUUGGUCCUGUGGUGAAAAAGGAUGUCAUGAAAGCCUCGACGAUGCUGGAGCAUAAUGACCAGUAUGCCGUAAUUCUAGCCUUCGAUGUCAAAAUAGAACGUGAUGCUCAAGAAAUGGCGGAUUCCGUCGGUGUGAAAAUUUUCCAAGCCGAUAUUAUCUAUCAUCUGUUUGACAGUUUUAUGAAAUAUCGCGACGAGUUGAAGGCAAAGAAAAGAGAAGAGUUUAAAGAUAUUGCCGUUUUCCCCUGCAAGUUAAGAAUUCUCCCGCAGUUCAUUUUCAACACAAGGGACCCGAUCGUGGUUGGCGUGGUAGUGGAGAGCGGAAUUGUGAAGGAGGGCACACCGCUGUGCGUUCCAUCGAAAGAGUUUGUCAACAUUGGCAUCGUCACUAACAUUGAAGUGAAUCACAAACCCAUCGAAUCGGCCCGUAAAGGUCAAGAAGUUUGCAUCAAAAUCAGCCCGACGCCGGGCGACAGUCCUAAACUCUAUGGCCGCCACUUUGAUCACACCGAUCUGCUCGUUUCCAAGAUUAGCCGCGAAUCGAUCGACGCCUGCAAAGAGUAUUUCCGCGACGAUUUGCAGAAGCCCGAUUGGCAGUUGAUGGUCGAGUUGAAGAAGCUCUUUCAAAUAUUGUGAUUCAAUUUGGACUUUGAUUUUUGAAUCCUUCAUUAUACAUUGGUGGAAGCUGCCGUGGUGCACUGGA